AUGAGGCAUGCAGGCCUGGGUGAAGGCAACUCUGGCAACUACGGCUGUGCUAAUAAUGGUUACAGCUCCUGUGAAGAGGAAAACGAGAGAUUCACUGCAAGUCUGCGGAACAAAGUAACUGCUAUAAAAUCUCUUUCCAUUGAAAUAGGCCAGGAAGCUAAACAUCUAAAUAAAUUAUUAGCUGAAAUGGAUUCCAAAUUUGAUUCCACAACUGGAUUUUUAGGUGAAACUAUGGGAAAACUGAAGAUCUUGUCCAGAGGGAGCCAAACAAAGCUGUUGUGCUAUAUGAUGCUGUUUUCAUUGUUUGUCUUUUUUGUCACUUAUUGGAUUAUUAAACUGAAGUGAUAU